AUGGUUAGUAACACUGCAACAAAAGUAAUUGGAAUUAUUGUAUCAUCCACCAGACCAAAUAGAGUAGGUUUCCAAAUCAGUGAAUGGGCCCAAAGAAUUUUAGCUGAAAAUAUUGACUCUUCUUCAACUCAAAUUAAAAUUAUCGAUUUACAAAAAGAAAAUUUACCACUUUAUGAUGAACCAAAUCCACCAAAAGCUGGUAAACCAUAUGUAAAUUCUCAUACAAUGGCAUGGUCAGAAAAGAUUGCAGGAAUUGAUAGUUUUAUUUUUGUAUCACCAGUUUAUAAUGGUUCAAUUCCAGGUGGUUUAAAAAAUGCAAUUGAUUAUUUAUGGAAAGAAUGGACUAAAAAACCAACAAUCGUAGUUACAUAUGGUUCAACCGGUGGUAAAGGUAGUAAUGACUUUUUAUAUACAUUAUUAGGUGGUGCUCUUGGUAUGAAUUUAAUUCCACAAGAAAAAACAGUUUUAAUUCCAUUAUCACGUUCAUUCUAUGUUGAAAAUACCAGUACAUUCAUUGACAUUGAUAAAGAUUUAUUACCACACAAAGAAACCUUAGUAAAUGCAAUUGAAGAAUUAAAAAAAUUACCAUAUGCUCAAUAA